CAGAAGGCGCUGGCAGUCGCGUCCAGUCCUUAACCUCGCCAACACAGUGCCAUCGCCCGGCGUCGCCCGGCAUUCGGCAUACCGGUGCUGAGCGGCUGAGAGCGCGGCCGCGAUUCGCGCCUUCGUCUUCGUCCGCCCGGCUCGCCUUCCGUUCUCCGUCCCAGCUUCCGGUUUCCGGUUCCCGGUUCCCGGCGCGGCGACGCGGCCACCCCAAGUUCGGUGUCCCCGUGCGAGGCCCGCGUGGCUGGUGUCCCCAACGAGGCCGGCAUGCUGCUGACGGCGACCCUGGUGGCCGCCCUGGCCCUGCUGGCGCGCCCGCCCAGCGCGCUGGCCGCCGACAAGAUGGUGGAGAGCAACAAGGUGGCCGACGACGACCCCUUCACCUGGUUGACGGACGACGCGGUGGUCAUCGAGUCGGCGGCGUCCGCGCGAGGCGCGCGGCAGGCGUGGCCCGGGGUGCUGCCCGCGGGGCCCUGCUUCUCCACGCAGGGCCGCCUGGGCCAGUGCACCAGCUUCCGCGCCUGCUACCCCUUCUUCAAGCUGCCCGACUUCUCCACGUGGGAGACCUGGGUGCUGGGCGUGUUCGACACGUGCAGCUACUUCGGCGACACCGGCAGACAGAUGUUCGGCGUGUGCUGCACGGAGCCCCAGACGAGGCCGCCUGGCGCCGUGUCGACACCAGGACUGAUCCCCGUGGCGCCCAUCGAGCCGCAGCAGCCGCAGCGGCCCCAGCCCGUGCCCGUGGUGCCCGUGAUGCCCGUGCAGCAGGCCCCCGAGCCGGACACCCCCAGCAUCGGCAACCCCGUGCCGGCCGUGUGGCCGCCAGAGGUGCCCACCCACCCGCCGGAAAUGCUGACCCACCCCCCGCUGCCGACGCACCCGCCGUCGCUGGGCGUGCCCACCAGCAAGCCGCCCGCCGCCACCACAGAGGCCCCCACCACGACGACCAGGCGGCCCAGGCCGCCGCUGGAAGUGCAGCCCGUGGUGGUGCAGCCGCCGCCGUCGCAGCCCGCCAUCCCGCCGAACUGGCCGCCCCCGCUGCCCACGCACCCUCCCGCCACCACCAUGAAGCCCGUGAGCACGCUGUCGCCGUGGCCCGGCGCGGUGCCGACCGCCAAGCCGCUGCCCAAGCCCACCACCAAGCCCCCCGCCACGGCCCUGCCGCUGCCCGGGCCCACCCCCGCCCCCGAGCCCAUGGACGCCAGCUGCGGCGCCAAGAACGGCUACCAGGACCAGGAGAGGAUCGUGGGUGGCCAGAACGCGGACAUCGGCGAGUGGCCCUGGAUUGCGGCGCUGUUCAACGGCGGCAGGCAGUUCUGCGGUGGCUCACUCAUCGACUCAACGCACAUCCUCUCGGCCGCCCACUGUGUCGCGCACAUGAGCUCCUGGGACGUGGCGCGGCUCACGGUGCGCCUCGGUGACCACAACAUCCGGACCAACUCGGAGACCAAGCACAUCGAGAAGAAGGUCCGGCGCGUCGUCAGGCACCGCGGCUUCGACUCCAGGACACUGUACAACGACGUGGCCAUCCUGACGCUGGACUCGCCAGUGCAGUUCCGGAGGGACAUCAGGCCCAUCUGCAUGCCCAGCGGCAGCGCGGCCUACGCUGGCAAGACGGCCACCGUCAUCGGCUGGGGCAGCCUGCGAGAGAGCGGCCCCCAGCCCGCCGUCCUGCAGGAGGUCAACAUCCCCGUGUGGACCAACGCCGAGUGCCGCCAAAAGUACGGCAACGCUGCCCCCGGCGGCAUCGUGGACACCUUCCUGUGCGCGGGCCAGGCCAGCAGGGACUCCUGCAGCGGCGACAGCGGCGGCCCUCUGAUGGUCAACGACGGCCGGUGGGUCCAGGUCGGCAUCGUGAGCUGGGGCAUCGGCUGCGGCAAGGGCCAGUACCCCGGCGUGUACUCCCGGGUGACCAGCUUCAUGCCCUGGAUCCAGAAGAACCUCAAGUAGUCCGCCGGCGUGGCCGUGGCCGCCAAGACGACAGACUGCAAGUGUCCCGCCGCGUGCGACAUCGACAUCGAUGGAAUGGGGGACGCGCGGACGGGCGAUGUUGUGAUAUUCGAACUACUUGUGCGCCAAGCUAGUUUGUUUGGUGUCAAGUUGGGGACCCUGCUUGGCGGAGUGUGCCGAGCCCUACCUGGAUCUGCUCUGUGGAUGUGACGUGCGUCAGCUUAAUCGUAAGCGCCCGGUGAAAGUGCCAUCUAUCAAGUAGUUCUUGCCAAUGAGUCAAGACUAGCCAUGGUUUCUUCACAUGGUGUUUCGAGGUCUGUAAUUGGGAAUUGAUUUGAAUUCAGAAACAGACAUAUGCAUUAAAAAAAAAAAAAA